AUGGCAACCGAAGCAAAGGCCGAAGAAGCGGCCGGUGAUGCAAAAGCAAAAGAAGAGCCGACACCAACACCAGCAUCAGUAGCGUCUGUCGCCGCUGCAGCACAAUCUUCGGCACUCAGCGCCGAGGACCUUGAGCAGUUCCGCAUUUGGCAAGCGCAGAAAGCAGAAAGUUCUCUCCAGCUUCAGAACGCUAAGCCACCGGAUUCCCCAGCAAAGAAGCCGAGGCUUCAGGAAGAAGAGGAAGUCCAUAUGUUUGUAGAAAAGCUUACAGAAUUGGAUGUGAAUUUCGCUGACCUCGACCCUGCAUUGCAAGACAAGUUGAAAACGAGCGCGACUGCACGCGCAGACUUCUUGGCCAUUCACAGCGCUACAGAAAAGUACGACCCCACCACAGGCGCUUUCAAACAGCAACCGACGAAGAAGAGAAUCUUGGACACCGCCGCAGGCCCGGACCAAGCUCUUCCUCCAGUUACUGACAACGAUGCAUUCCAACAGGCAAUGCUGCAGUAUCCCAAAACUUCGAUGCUUCCGAACAUGGACAAGCUUUAUCAGUGCUGUGAUCUCUUUUACAACCAAGUCCAGACGGAGUUCGCGAUACAGCAGAUCACUACGGAGCGGCACGCCGCGCAGCUCCAGGUACUUGAACGUGCGCGAUCCAACAAGACAGUCCUCCUCCUCGACCUCCCGGCUUUGUUCAACAAGAAGACGCUCGACACCAACUUGUAUCACUAUAUUCAAGGAGCUGGCUUGCAGUGGGCCGACAUUGCGGCCCUGCAUAACCAUAUGGUCACCACGCACUCGUCAGUCGCCCGUGUUGAGUUCAUCACCGAGACCCAGGCCCAGCAGUUCAGAGAUUUCAUGCGCCAGAACCGCAGGUAUUGGAAGUCCCCGAACCUUCCGGACUGCAAAAUCCGCGUUGAGCAGGACCUCCCCACAGAUGAUCGCUUGGCCACGCAGCCCUUUUACGCCUUGAUCGACCUCCUUUCGGAAUGCACUGACACCCCGGACUUGCAGCGUUACACAUGUCUUUUGCUGGUUCAUGAGAAGUACUAUGAGGAGUUUCUGGUGAAGUGGCACGCCAAGUUUACGAAGCGACUCCACGAUACUGUUCAGCUGAUUCAGGCCCUUCGCCGGGCCACUAUUGACAGAACCACGACGCAGCGAGCCUCCUUUGACAAGGCUUUUGACCUCACUACCCUUGCCAGCUUGCAGGCAUUUACGCACCCCAUCAUGCCGGUUCGAUUUCGUCAGAGCGCUUUCCAAGAUCACGGCCUAACAGAUGAUUUCUCCAAGGACCCCAACCACGAUAACGAUGGGGAUGGCAACCGUGACAGAUGGGGAAGAUAUCCCGGAACUGGGAAACAGUCCCAGCCGCGAUAUGGAGAUGGCAAAGCCAACAACAAAGGAUUCCAAUGGAAGGAUACCGCCCCAGUCAGAGCCCUGAUUUGCCCCUGUACCAAUGAGGUAGAAACGGUCUUUGCGCAUCCGUUUGUGGACGUGGAGGAAUUCGCGAACCACGCCCCAGACGCGCUGCUGGCAAUCGGCACUGGUGGGACGACUGCGGUGGAAAGGGGCACUGGUGCUCAGGACGCGGGGAGGGUCUUUCGAGGACUGUGGCGGAAAGCUGAUGCCUACUGGGUGCUCAGCGCACCAGGUAGGACCCAUUGCUACCACGCCCACACACUCGAAAAGAAUCAGGUCAACAUGUCCGGCGAUGUCCGGUGCACCUGCCAUAGGAGCGAGUACCGCUUUCAGACUCGGACACCACCAAGGCCUGACAUGGCAGACUGA